AUACCAGAAAUCGUUUUUGUGUAUGGAAAAUGAAAUCCGCGAUCAGCCACGAAGCAAUCUGAGCCGGAACUGAGCGACUCGAUCGCACGGAGCAGGUUAAAGGUUUGUGACCGAUCCCUUGAAACAUUACUAGAUAAGAGAGUUCGCGAUUAUAUCUUUUCCUUGGAAACUUUGUGUUCAUGUCUCGCAGGCAACCUCUGGAAUCACUCGGUAGCCGCAGAUCCUUAUUGCUCGGUAAUACAUUCGGCCAAUUUAAUCCUCCGCAAAGCCCGGGCUUCGAUCUGGAACACAAGUCAUUGUUUCCAAUUCCAAAGCUCUCCGACCGUUUGCAUCUUUCCGGGCGAGCUAAACUGUGUCAGGUCCCAUGGACUCCCUGCUUAGCCAAGCGCCUCGGGUGGUUAUAAUAGGAGCUGGUUUUGCUGGACUUGGUGCAGCCACCACCCUGGUGAAAAAUGGAUUGAAGGAUGUGGUCAUCCUUGAAGCUUUAGAUCGAGCUGGUGGCCGGGUAAGGACUCACAAGCCAUUUGGAGCUCCUGCCUUGGAGUUAGGUGCCACGUGGAUUCAUGGUCAGAAGGACAACCCGCUGUACCACAUGGCCAAAGAGAACGGGCUUCUGGCUGAUGAGGACUUCACUAUGGUCACUUGUCAACCCUUUAGCGUCACGGCCCAGGAUUAUUUUUUCACUGAACACGGGAAACUUCUUCCCUCUGAACAAGUAGAAAAGGUAACCGGCUUUUUUGGGCGUCUGAUGUCCAAGAUUAACCAGCAAGAUUUUAAUCCGGACUGCGGGUCAUGGUCAGUAGGGGAAUAUUUAGAUCAAGAGUUCGCCGAGGCCAAGCUUUUGGGAGAAGAGGGGUCUGAAGGAGUCUAUGAGUGGUGUAAGCGGGCCGAGUGCGUCGACGAGGCUUGCAACUCCAUGUAUGAGUUCUCUUUGAGUCAGCUCGGCCUCUACACUCCACUCGAAGGACCAUUUUUCAACUGCUUGGGUAGUGGAGGUUACCAAGCAUUGCUCAACCUCUUGUUGGAACAGCUACCUCACAAUUCUUUACGGUAUCAAAAACCAGUUCAGUGCAUCCAGUGGGAAGCGUCUCCUAAAGAUGCGUCCAACAAGCCUUCGUAUCCGGUGAAAGUACUUUGUGAAGACGGGGAGCGGUUUCCAGCGACCCACGUUAUUGUUACGGUGUCUCUCGGCUGCCUGAAGGAACGAGCCUCCAGCUUGUUCGACCCGCAGCUGCCACGUGGGAAAACGGAAGCUAUCGCCAGGUUAGGAUUUGGCACGGUGGCCAAGAUCUUCCUGGAGUUCUCCGAACCUUUUUGGCCGGAUGACUGUGCAGGAAUACAGCUGGUGUGGGAGCGUGGUCCAGAGAGCCCCGGGGGGUAUGCUGAUUGCAACAGGGGGGAUUUCUGGCGCUCGGAGUGGUAUAAGAAGAUCGGAGGGUUUGAUUGCGUGCCGAUGCACCGCAGCACUUUAUGCGGCUGGAUCACGGGACGCGCCGCGGAACAUAUGGAGACUUUGUCUGAGCAGGAGGUGGGAGCCGUGUGCGUCAGGUUGUUGAAGCGUUUCACGGGCUGGCGUGUGACGGAGCUGCGCGGGGUGCUAAGGUCCACGUGGCACAGUAACCCCUACAUCCGAGGGUCUUACACCAACGUGCCGGUCGGUGUGGAUGCAGUAAAGGAGCAGACGGCGCUAGCGGAACCUCUCCCAUCCCCCCAUCAGAAGAAGACACUCCGGCCUCUGCAGGUGCUGUUUGCAGGAGAAGCCACUCACGCCAACUUCUACACAACCACCCAUGGUGCCUUCCUAACCGGAGUGAGAGAAGCAGAAAGGAUCUUGAAGCUGUAUGAUGGCAAGGUGAACCCCCGUCUUUGAAACCUCCACCUGCUGCCUGGACACCACCUCAAAACUUGAAGCCUUUAAGGACUUCUAUCGUUAAGACUAAAAUAAAAACAUCAACUAAUAAUAA